AUUUUUUCCAAAACAAACACACUGGGAAUACCCCUAAACAGUGUGAACUACCAUCCCUCUGUUUAUAUGACAAUUAUGACCAAAAAGAGAGUUUUGUUCGCUAUAACUGCUACUAGGUCAUACUCAACUCUCUAAACACAUUGCCGAAUUUAAAAAGCAUAAUAGAGAAAAGAAGAGAAAAAGAGAUAGACAUGGGGUACAGUGAGUGCAUCCGCCCACCACCCACACAUAGUACAAAUGACAAAAGGCACGUCGUCAGUUCAGCAAACGAGGAAGAGUUUGAAUUAGAAGAAAGAGGCGCUGAAGCGGGACAAUUUGAAAAAGCUGAAGGAAGUUCCCAAUGCCGGUUAAAAGAAUGGGAAACUGCAGAAGAAGUAGCUGACAGCAUUGACGAAGGAACAGUGAAUGAAGUUCAAGAUGGACUAGAUGAGAAAGGUAGGGAAAAAGAAGCUAGUACAGACAACCAAACUAGCUCAAACCCCAUCCAAGUAUCGGGGGAUGAGUUAUGGGUUGAGCAAGCUGCACAAACAAAAGGAAAUAUGGGCCAUAAACAGAAUGUUGUAAAGGGCUUGGUAGAGAGGCAAUGGGCCUGCAACAAAAUGGGAACAAUAGAACGGAGGGGGCCCAUUCCACUAAACAAAAACGCAAAAAAGAAAGGGAGCAUAAUAAAUAUGAAAGCUCUGGAAGAUGUCCGAAGAACCCAUAGCAGCUCGUUGAGGGCAGACAAGGGGAUCGAAGACAGCAACGGGAUGGAAGGGUCGAACAAAGUAGGAGAUUCUGCUCAGCGGGUGCGUGGAGCACAUAGAAGAGGAAGUGCAGCUGUAGAUUUCAAAGAAGAAGGGACCAAGGGGGCUAAGGAGGUAAUCUCGGUAGAGAAAGAGUGGGAUUCGGUUCAGUGGGAGCACGAACAUGAAGAAGGGCAGUUGCAGAUCUCGAAGCAAAAAGGAUUGAAGGGGGCAAAGGCAGGAUUUUUCGAAGAGCCAAAGGGGAACCCUGUCCAGGUUCUAGUCAACAAGAACAGAAAGAAGAAGACAAAGUCAUGCCGCUCGGUGUAUCUCAAAGCACAGCUGUCAGGGGUGAUGAUCCGAAACAACAAGGGCAGAGGGAGAUCCAAGGAGAGCAAGCCAGGAACAGUGGGUUUUCCAGAAUUUCUGUCAAAUGGAAGUGACUCAGUGGCGGGAGACUCAGUUGGGGAUAGCGGGAUUGAGAAUUGCAACCGAAUCUUGAAAGAGGAACAAAGAAGGAAAACAGCAGAAGAUCUAUGGAAUUUUGCCAAAAGAAUUGGGAUGGUUGCAGAGGAUGAGGUAGGUGUAAUUCAGGAUUUAGAGGAGAUGGAGAAAAGAGACAAAAAAGAAAAAGAAGCGGAAGGCUCCAAGGGAGGGAGCAAGCAUAAGAAGGCUACUGGUCAUUCUACGAGUAGAAUUGAUAGGUUCCUGCUAUCGGAAGGAUGGUUGACUAAAUGGGGUGAUGCCAAGCAGUGGAGACUUAAUAGGACAAUAUCCGACCACUGUCCAAUUUUGCUAAAACAAAAAGAAGUUGAUUGGGGGCCUAAAUCAUUCAAAUUCUUUAAUACAUGGAUAGAGCAAGAAGGUUGCAGAGAGCUGAUCAAAGAGACUUGGAGUAAGGCAGAUAUUCAAGGCUGGACGGGAUACAGAAUAAAAGAAAAGCUGAAGAUGACCAAGGAGGACCUAAGAAAAUGGAGCAAGGAAUUUGUUCCUGAGAUUGAUCACGAAAUAAACAAUGCCACUGUAGAAAUUGCCCAGAUUGAUCUGAAAGGAGAAGCAAUCCAAGUCUUGGAAGAGGAAAUCAAAAAAAGAAGGGAAUCCUUCUUAGUUCUGUGGGAUAACAUCAAGCACAGAGAAAGCAUGCUAUGGAAGAGGAACGAGAUAAAUAGUGUUCAAGUAAAUGGAGCCCAGAUUGUGGAAGCAAGACAAAUGAAAGAGGAGAUUUCCUCCUUUUUUGAACAGUUAUACAAGGAAGAAAAGCAAGAAAGACCAAGACUUGAUGGGGUGGAGAUCAAAGAAGCUAUAAGGGACUAUGACAGCUCAAAAGAACCAGGUCUAGACGGUUUCAACUUCAAGUUUGUAAAAGAUCAAUGGGAGGUUCUCAAGGAAGAUGUGAUUCAAUUCCUUCAAGAAUUCCAAGAAAAAAGCAAGUUGGUGAAGGGGUUAAAUACCUCUUUCAUUACCCUAGUACCGAAGGUUGAUAAUUCCCAAAAGAUUGAGGAGUAUAGACCUAUAUCCCUCAUUGGAGUGGUGUAUAAAAUUCUUGCAAAGAUAUUAGCCAACCGCCUCAAAAAUGUUCUGGAUACGAUAAUUGGUGAGCAACAGAUGGCAUUUUUAAGGGGAAGGCAACUAAUGGAUGGAGUAGUAAUUGCAAAUGAGGUGGUAGAGGAAGCAAAAAAGAAGAAGAAAAAGGCCUUCUUGUUCAAGAUAGACUUUGAAAAGGCCUAUGAUAAGGGAGAUCCACUAUCCCCUUUCCUAUUUCUAAUCAUUGCAGAGGGGUUGAAUGGCCUGAUUUCAAGAGCAGUUCAAAAAGACCAAUUGCAAGAAGUAGAGGUGGGAGUAGGAGGCUUCAAAGUCUCACACUUGCAGUAUGCAAAUGAUACUAUUCUGUUUGGUUUAGCAAUGGAGGAAAAUGUAUGGGCAAUGAAGGCAAUCUUAAGAUCUUUCGAAUUGGUGUCGGAACUAAAGAUCAACUUCAAUAAGAGCCAUUUAAUUGGCAUUUGUGUGGAGGAAGAAUGGAUAGAAAAAAUGUCAUGGGUGCUGUGUUGCAAAAAGGGAUCAUUCCCCUUUAAAUACUUAGGCAUCCCGAUUGGGGGAUGCUGCAAGAAGAUUGCCUUUUGGAAACCGUUGACAGAUGUUUUCAAUAGUAAAUUAUCCAAAUGGAAGGGUCGGUUUCUAUCUCUCGGAGGUCGCAUUACUCUUAUUAACUCAAUGCUUGAUAGUCUCCUGGUCUUCUGGAUGUCGGUAUACUUGAUACCCAAAGGUACGAUUCUGCUCCUUGAUCAAAUUCGUAGACGAUUUUUAUGGGGUGGGACUGAAGGGGGUAAGAAGAUCAAUUGGGUGAAAUGGGAAAUGGUGUGUAAGGAUAAGAAGAAAGGGAAGGAUAACAAAAUUCCUCAAAUGGGAGAAUGGCUUAAUGGAGAUCUACAAAAGGACAUACAAGACACAAGACUCAUAAGAGGCAAACCAAACCUUUGGGAAUGCGCUCACAGCAAAGAUGGAACCUACUCCACAAAUUCAACAUAUCAAAUACUCACAAAGGAAACUAGAUCGGAUCAGCAUGGAAUGGAACUCCAGAAUGUAUGGAACAAGCUGAUCCCCAACAAAAUCUCGGCUUUCUCAAGGCAAUUACUACAGGACAAAAUCCCCACAAAGCUUAAUCUGCAUAAAAGAGGUACUAUUCAAGCUCUUGAAGAUUGCAAAUGUGCUUUAUGUGGUAAGGAAGCAGAGAAUACUAGCCACCUCUUUAUUCACUGUAAUUUUGCUUGGCAUCUUUGGAAUGAUUGUUUCAAAUGGUGGGGUCUUAUACAUGUGCUUGAUAAAGACUGUUGGAAGGUGUUUCAGCAGCACCCAAAUCCAUUAAGAAGGGCGAAAUGGAAGGAGGGAUGGGAAUGCAUUUGGUUUGGUAUUGUUUGGACAAUAUGGCUUGCUAGAAAUGAGAAGAUCUUUCAAGAGAAGGAACCAAACAAAAUGAGGCUCUUGGAGUUGGUACAAAUUAGGACAUUUAGGUGGCUAAAAAGUAGAAAAGGAGGCUGUGUCUUCUCCCUAUCAGAUUGGCUUCAUAAUCCAGUUGAUUGUCUGACCAACAUUUGCAGCAACAAAAGGAUAGGUAACAGAAUAGCAAGCAACAAGUAAAGUCCCACAUACAGCCAAAGGCACUUCCAUCCCCCCAUGAUUGAUUGUAUUUUGUUGUUCAAUUUGUAACUUACUCAAAUUGAUAUUGGUCUGGUGUACUCCUGGUACCCGCAACACAUAAUAAAUUUCUCUUUGCAUU